GGAGCUAGCUCCUCACGUCAUCCCUAAGGUGAUGACGAACAAGGAGCCGGAAACCUGCAAGGUGCCAUUAGAGUGUGUGGAAAAAAUGCCUGAGCUCAGGGAAAAUCCAUUCAACCGGCGAAUCUGCAUGGUGUUCUCUGACGACCGAACUGGCAACAUGACCUUCAACGAUUUUCUCAACAUGUUAUCCGCUCUCUCGGAGGAAGCCCCGAGGGAUCUCAAGCUGCACUAUGCCUUCCAGAUUUUUGAUUUCGACGGCGACCAGGCGGUCGGCGUCCGCGAUCUGGAGUCGGCCCUCUACGCCCUGACCCGGGACGACCUCGGCCAGGACGAGGUCAACGUCAUCUGUCAGAAGAUCCUGGAGGAGGCCGACAUCGACGACGACCAGAAGCUCAACUACAUGGAGUUCGAGCACGCCAUCGCGCGCGCGCCAGACUUCAUGGCUAACUUCCACCUGCGAAUCUAGGCUCGGGGCGGGAGGCGAGUCGCUACAGUCGGCUGGCGUGCCGCCGGCGCUGCGGCGCGGUGUAAGAGGCGCGCGUCCCGGCCCAUAUCAGUAAAGUCCCGUUUCCGGUCUCUGUUUCUAUCGGGGUCCUGUACUCUCCUUUAUCUGGGUCCUGUACUCUACUGUAUCUGGGUCCUGUACUCUCCUGUAUCUGGGUCUUGUACCCUCCUGUACCUGGGUCCUGUACUCCCCUUUAUCUGGGUUCUGUACUCUCCUGUAUCUGGGCCCUGUAUCUCUCCUGUAUCUGGGUUCUGUACUCUCUUGUAUCUGGGUCCUGUACUCUCCUGUAUCAGGGUCCUGUAUCUCUGUUCGCCGGCGGUCCGUAUGCCGUGCCGGUAUCGCACUGGUCAGUCAUGUCUGACAGGGUAUUUUGGAACAUUUUCUGGAAUAUUUAUGCUGUUCGCCCUUUUACGGCAUGGCCUUUUACGUUCUCGUGCUAUAUCUGAGUUAUUGCUGUGUUGCUAUGUUGAAAUCCAUGCUUUUGAUGGACAAUGUCCUAAUCAUUUUAUGUUUCGGCGUAUUGAGAACGGUGUCACGACGUAAGUGCAACGGCAAAAGCUCCUAUCGGCAAGAGUGCUUCGACAUCAAUUAUGCGCGGCAUUACUUCUGGCGCCAAAGAUCAUAUACGACAUGAAUGCUACAUGAGAAAACUUGUGCUGCAAAGAUUUAUACUUAUCAUUACCUAAGACCGUCUCCAUCUAUAUGCGACAUAACUUCUGCUUCAAAAACUUAUACACAACGUGAAUACUACACGACAAAACGUGUACAGCAAAAACAUAUACCAGUCAUUACUUCUACAGCAAAGACUGGACCACAAGUCUUUGCUAUAGCACUUAUGUCGCGCAUAAGCUUUUUGCAGCAGAAGUGAAGUGGCGUAUAUGUAAAGACUGCAUACAUUUUUGCAGUAGAAGUAAUGACGAGUAUAAUCAUUGAAAUAUGUUUCGUCGUAUAGCACUGUCAUGUAUAAGCUUUUGCAUUAAAAGUUGCGUCGUGUAUAAGUAAUGACCGUUAAAAUGAGUGCAGUUGAAGCAAUGACGAGCAAACGUUUUUGCGGCAUACGUUUGGUCGCGCAGCACUAAUGUCGUGUAAAAGAUAUUGUCUGUAGAAGUGAUGUAGUACUUCUGUUGCUAGGAGUUUUGCUGUAACACUGAUGUGGAAUCAUUGAGAACAGUGCGUGGACAUCUUCGCCGUAAGUGAUCUCAACGACAAUGGCUUGUACCCUUUACUAUGGUGUUUUAAAUCUGAACGAAAACCGUUUAAUUUUUCUGGCAUAUUCUAUCAUGUCACCGCGGUGUGGUUGAUGCGAUAGAACGCAUGUUUGAGAGUCGUUAUACCAAUAGGUGGUUCUGGUAUUAGUUUUGGCAUCACGUGUCAGCAUAGAAAAACAAAUAGGAGUGUUUUUUAGCCCUUAUAAACUGAAAAACCAUGCACAUAAAGCAUUGAACGUGUACCAAGGCCACCUUACCGUAGAUUUAUGCCUCAUAUAGGUUGUUUUUGUGUCAUUUGUGUGUUAGGCGGUUUAUAUGUCCAGCGAAUCCGCGGGUGGGCGUCAUCGUCUUACGGCGCUUCGAACCACACUAGCAAACGUUGGCAUCCAUACCGAUCCAAAGUGUUUGACAAUGCACAGCUCUCUACAAACUUAGCGCCUCGUCUUACCUCGGGUUCGACAACAGCACGUGAACCACGAUUUGACUUAGCGGAGUGUCACGAAUGUAAGGGACACCAUGUAAGAAACAUGAGACGAGGCGAUGGCACUCAGGCAAGUGUGAAAUAUAGUUUUGCCGUUGACACCAUCGCAUACUUGAUUUCAGCCUUCAGGAUAUUAUAGUGACCGUGCGACUCAACACUACUAAUGCAUUCGGAUUGCGUGGUGACCACAUUUGCGUAAAAGCCAAAAUUCAUGAGCU